UAUUCUGUGUCCACUAUUUCAUAAAAAAAAAAUAAACCAAGCUACAAAUUACCACAAUUUAUAAACUUAUUCAUUUACACAGGUUUCUGAGUGUUUCAAGAUGGCUAAAAGGAAGAAUAAACCUCUUAUCGACUCCGACUCCAGCAGCGAGUGUUCCGAUUUAGAAUCGCAAUUUUUGAAUUUGGCGAAGAAAAAAAAGAAAAGUGAUUCACCACCACCGGCACCUACCAAAUCCAAAGGACAGUCAUCAGGCAGUGAAUCGGAUUGGGAUAAUGAUGAUGAUAAUAAGAACAAAUCUAAAUCCUCAUCAUCAUCCAGCUCUGGAUCGGAAAGUGAUGCCGGGAGCAAUGUGUCGAGUCAAAAAGAGCAACCAAGGAAAAGGAAAGCAUCGUCAGAACAUUCUGAUGAUGCAAAGAAAAAACCGGAUGUGAAGAAAAGUGAAGUUCGGACGAGCAUAGAUAGUGCAGGGUCCGCAAAGAAGAAAGAUGAAUACAGUGAACCAGAAGAAGGUGAAGUGUCAUCACACUCGUCGGACAAUGACUCCAUCGAUUCUGAAGAGGAGUUUGAUGAUGGGUAUGAUGAGAAUCUCAUGGGUGAUGAAGAAGACAGAAAACGACUGGCAGCCAUGUCUGAGAAGGAGAGGGAGCAGGAGAUUUUCAAACGUAUUGAAAGGAGAGAUCUACUCAAAACCAGGUGGGAGAUAGAGCGCAAGCUGCGGCUGGCGCGGCGCUCGGCGGCGGAGCGCGCGGCGUCGCCCGCGUCGCUGGCGCGCCGCCGCGACGCGCGCCGCCGCCGCCACGCGCGCCAGCAGCAGCGCCAGCAGCAGCGCCAGCAGCAGCGGCAGCGAGACCGCGACCCGCUCCAGCCACGGGAAACUGAAGAGGAACCGCCUAAAGAGCCAGAGGUAGAGAAAGAAAACCCGCAACCUAGUCCUGGUGAAAUCUUGGAUGACGCUAAAGAUGCAGAGUCGUCGGAUCGCGCUGCCAGUCCGCUGUUCGGUGCUAAAACAGAAAGGAAACGGAAUGUGGACGACCGGAGACAGAAUGCAAUGGCCGCCCUCCGAGCACAGAGGGACGCUCGUGCGACCAGGGACGAGCACAACCGCCAACGGAAGCGGCUCGAAGAGGAGAAGAACAAGGACAAGGAAGACGAUGACGACGCCGACGCGGAAAUCAUUGGUGGAACAAGCAAGCAAAGUGUCAAGCUGAAAGCCUCGGAUAUAUACUCGGACGACUCAGGGUCCGAUUCAGAGGAUAAUAAAUCUCAAGGCCGCCGCAGCUCAUCGAGUUCUUCCUCGUCCGGUGGAGAAGAAGAGGAAAAGAAACGGGAAGAAGUUGAGAUCAAGUACGCAGACACACGGGAGCAGAUAAACAAACUUAGGUUAAGCAGGUUCAAACUGGAGCGGCUUGUCCACCUUCCGUUCUUCGCACGCGUCGUCAAUGGCUGCUACGUGAGGAUCGGCAUCGGGAACAACAACGGCAACCCAGUAUACAGGGUGGCAGAAAUAAUCGAUGUGUACGAAACGGCGAAAGUGUACAACCUGGGCAGUACGAGGACCAACAAGGGGCUGAAACUGCGGCACGGCACUCAAGACAGAGUGUUCAGACUCGAGUUUGUUAGUAAUCAGGAAUUCACAGAGAGCGAGUUCCAGAAAUGGUAUAAAGCAAUAAAGGAAGCUAACAAGAAGCCACCCACCAUGGACUUUGUUAGAAAUAAAAUAAGCGAAGUGAAAGAAGCUCUUAUGUAUGAGUUUAAGGAAGAGGAUAUAGAGAAAAUGGUAGCCGAAAAGGAGAGGUUCCGUGCACAUCCCACCAACUACGCCAUGAAGAAGACUCAGCUCAUGAAAGAGAGGGAUGUGGCACAACUCAGAGGCGAUGAUGAACUAGUACUGGACUUGAACGCGAAAAUCCAAGAGCUGGAGGACCGUGCCAACCAGCUGGACAAGACUAGAACGUCAUCUAUUCAGAGUAUAUCUUACAUCAAUAAUAGGAACAGAAAACUCAAUGUGGAGACCGCUGAGAAGGCUAUCAUGGAGGAGGUGAAGGCGAAUAAAGGUAAAAAGACAGAUGACCCCUUCACGAGGCGGCAUACUAAACCAGUAAUGAACUUCAAAUCGCAUCAAAGCAACAGGAGUCAGGAAUUAUUACGAAACGAAAUAGCUGAAGCCGAAGCGCAGAAGCAGAGAGAAGAAGACGAGAGGGUAGCUAAGGAGAGACAAGAAAAAGAGAGGCUUGUCGCGGCCCAACAGAAAGAAGACAAAACGAAAGGCAAAGACAAGGAGAAGCCGAGUUCGACAGACAAUGCGAGUCUGUAUUCCCUCCACGACUUCGAAAUCAACAUAGAAUUGGACUUACCUGUUGCUAAAAUAGUAACCACUCAACCGAAACAGUUGACGACAAAAGUGAAAGAGACCGGACCAAAACGGUCUCUGAACCUCGAGGAGUACAAGAAACGCCACGGGCUCAUAUGAGCCUUAUUCACAACGAACAGACAAAAUAAGUGUUUGUGAUUAUAGCUUUACGUGGACGGUUCCGUUUGGUACGCGGUUGUGUUCGUUCGUAGACGUGUUGGUGAUAAUUCUAAACGUUGUGGUAAUGUGUGAAAAAAUUUAUCACACUGGUUAAACUCAUUGUAUUAAUGCUAGUAGCUGUAAUAGAAAAAAAUACCACAUUGAUUAGAUUUGUUUUAUUCUAGCUGAUUACCACGUUAGUUAGAUGUGUGGUAAUUUAGUGGAUUGCCACGUCGGAUAGUUUCAUUUUAAUUAAUCUAGCAAAUCCAAAUGGAAUAAAUACAUUUUACUCUAAUGAAUUACCAUGUCGGUUAGGUCCGUUUUACAACUUAUUAAACAGUUUGCCAUUUCGGAUUACUUAUAAUUAAAAUAAUCAUAUUUAACCGGUGUAGUAAUGAACUAAAUUAAAAUUUGUCUAUCCGAUGUGGUAAUUCGACUAAAUCAAUUAUUUAACAUUACAGUUAGAUUACUUUUUUACGCAUCGGACAAAUCGCUAGUUAGUAUCAUUGCAGUAUAUUACUGAUAGUUAUAAUUUAUGGUAUGGUAUUAUAACAACAAUAGUCGUUGUUGUUAUAAUACCACGUCGCUUAAACUUAUACCUCCUUGCUUUUAAAAAUAGCUCUAUAUUGUAACUAACGCCUAAAUUUGAUUGUAAUCUGCACGUUUUAGCAUGGUACACAUGACAAGAAAAAAUUUAAAAAUAAAUAGAAAAAAUAAAUGUGUAUCAUACUAAUUCAACUAAACAUUUAUAUGUAUAGAACUUGCAGCCCGUCUUAUUGGAAACGGUCGUUGUAGCCUAUGGGACAUCUACAAGAUUAGGGGGGGGGGGCACCCCAUUGUGUAGUCUAAGAAAAACGCAACCGUUGAAGUUUUAGUGUAUGAAAAUGAAUUCAGUUGCAAUAAAACUGCAAUACAAUUCUUUUACUAACAAAAUGUCAUAUUGUCACUCGUAUCUUACUUCAACGUGCAGAAUAUAAUUUUAUAUUUAUUUUAAAUUUAUACAAAAUGAAAAAUACCACAUUGGUUAGAUUUGAAAAUAAAAUAUUUAUACAUGUAUAAGAGACAGGUUGGCUAAAACUGAAACAGCUAAUUCAAAUCUUUAUUCUAAACUGAGAACCAUUCUCUCCGGAAAAUUACAAUUUUUUCCCCUAUUUUUUUCUUUUAAAAUCAUAUAUUCUAUUAUUCGUCUGAAUCAGCCUUUUUCGUAUUGGCCAACCUGUCCCUUCCACCCCGUAUAUUAAUUACUAAAUACAUGUAUACUUGGCGUUUGAUAAGUGAGGAGGUUUUUUUUAUAAAUAAUUGUUUUUUUAAUAAUUUAUAUUUUCUUAUCACUAGUAUUUGUGGUAUAAAUUACCACUAAGCAUCAUUGUCACUUUG